CACCAUCAAAAAGCUCCCAUCUUUCAGCAUAUUGAAACCUUUUAAACACCAAAAUGGAGGAAAAUUGCAGCCCCCAUUCUGCCAUCGGCUGGGAACCCUUCUACCAGGACGAGCAGGUGAUGGAGGAGUUCAGACAGUAUGUUCUGUACACAUCAGAGCUGGAGACCACACUUCUGUCAGCAAGAGAAGAGAUCGCCAAGCGAGAACUCGAAAUCCUCCGUCUCAAAGAGCUCUUGAGCAGCACCACCAAAGAGAGGAACGAUGCCCGGCUGCAAUGCCUGAGGCUAAUGUUCGAACACAAAGAGGCAGAGGAGCAAUCACCACCAUCUGUACUGCUUUCCACCGCCGCGGCCACUGCCCCUGUUUUUUCAAGCACGUCUACUAGUCCUAAUGAGCAAUUGGCAGCUGGAGGGGAGAAGGAGAGCUCCCCACCGGAAACCCACCACCACCACCGUGGCUCUGUGGUGGAGGAACUGGCGGCGGACAGGAUGUUGCCGGAGAAAGGGAAGCUGCUGCAGGCUGUGAAGGAGGCAGGGCCGCUGCUGCAGACGCUUCUGCUGGCGGGUCCUCUGCCUCAGUGGCAGCAUCCUCCGCCGCAGCUUGAUGCAGUUGAGAUCCCGCCCGUUACCAUUGCUUCUUCCUUGUCGCCAUCAUCUUCUCCCUCGUCGAUGGCGGCAGCCAGGUUGAUCCACCAGGAAUCUUUCAACAGUUCGAGUAGUCCUUUCGGAGUGAAGAGGAGCAUUGCUCAGCUCUGCGACUCCUCUGCUUCCCCUGGCAAGAAGUACCACAAGAUUGAAAUUCUCACAUUGAACCCAAACCCAGAGUGAUCAUGGUCAAAUUGUUAGCCACAAUUGUAACAUUAGACAGAAAGAAUCUGUACACUGAGUCUAGUCUAGCCUCUGAUUUUACCCAAUUCGCGGUGGAUUGAGAGCGUGUUUUAUUCGAAUUGACUCAGAAUCGGGUGUUAGAAAUGAUGUUAGCUGCUUUUCUUAGUUUGUUGAUGUUAAAGCAAAAGAUGUUGUUGUUGUGUGAAAUGAUGGUGAGUAUGACCAUGGAGAUCAAUCAUGGAGGGAAA